AUGGUUAGUAUUCACACUGAAAAUCAAAAUCAAGGGGACUUUCACCCUUUUGUUCUACUAGAGAUUUCUGUUCUCAAUGAGCCCCCCUUAGGACCCCUGCGUUAUUAUUUUGCAGAUGUGCCGCCCCAGCCAAACUCCCCAUCUGACAAUGUCUUCAACCCAAAUGAGCCUGAAUAA